UUUCACUUCUCUGCGCCUCGCCGACAUCGGAAAAAAAAAUCACAAAGAGUUUCUGAAUAGCUGCUUGAACUGAACCGCGAUGUACAACGCUCAGAUUUGGCAAUCUUUUCCCCUCACAACCAUCUAAAAUUGGCAUAUACUCCAAUGGUUUUACUGGACGUACGAUGGGAUUAACUUUGUCUGGAAGAUAUAUUUCAUUGUUUCUUGCUGUUCAAAUAGCCUAUCUGCUGCAGGCGGUUCGAGCGGCUGGGAAAUGUGAAACAGUGUUCAAAGGUUUCUCCGACUGCCUGCUUCAACUGGGAGAGAACAUGGCCAACUAUCCACAGGAGCUGGACGAGAAGGAAAACCUUCAGACCAUCUGCACUUACUGGGAUGAUUUCCAUUCAUGUGCGACCACUGCUCUGGCAGACUGUCAGGAGGGAGCCACAGAUCUGUGGGAGAAGCUGAAAAAAGAGUCCAGAAAUCUGGACUUUCGCGGCAGCUUGUUUGAACUGUGUGCUGGCGGAAACGGCGCAAUCCGGUCAUCGGUUCCGUUCGGCGUAACGCUGCUCCUAACGGCACUGUCUGCGCUCGUGACGUGGAUGCAGUUUUAACCCACGGGAAGAUAAAAAAAAUAAGCAGAGAAGAAAAAAAGAAGAGCGAAAAA